AUGGAUAUGGCUGUAGAGAAAGUGCAGCAGUUGCAUGGAUCUGUGGCCAACUUCACCCACGUCCGCUUGUUCGGACCGGAAAUGGAUAGUUGCGAGACCAUUGCCGAUUGGUGUGAUUUUUACUUGGCGCGAUGGUACUACAGUUACCAAGAUAGACAGAACCGCAUUCCAGUAUUCAUUUGGCCAGCUUGCAUGGAAAGUUCGAAGGUGCGACUUUUGGCGGCUGCCUGGAAUACAUUGUUCAUAACAACUGCCGGAAGCGAUAUGGCCAUUCGGGAGCGCGGUAAAGGUCCCACAUGGAUUAGCAUGUCAUUUGCUUCCAUACCGGGUUACGUGCGCCUGUACCUCAGCUUAUUGCAUACCUUCCGCUGGAGUUCGGUAUUCGUGGUUAUCGAUGAAGCGUCGCUAGGCUUUUAUUUGGAAUCCAGUGCAGCUUUCGUUAAAACCGUGGAGAAUAUGGCGAAAAACGUUACCCUGACCCUUCGCCGGGUCUCAUCCUUAAAAUCUCCUGAUCUUGAUGCCAUUUUGCAAGAUUUCAGAAAAGUCUCGCGAGUUUUCAUCUUUUUCGGACACGCGCCCAUUCUACGGAGAAUUCUAGUUAAAGCAGCGUUGUCCAAUAUGACAAACGGAGAUUUUGUUUAUAUAGCAACACAGGUAAUACCUAUCCGCGCAACCGGGAAUUUUACCUGGAAAUACGGCGAUGCGGAUGAUCAGAUAGCCAAAGAAGCAUUCCGAUCGCUGAUCUUGGUGGACCAAUAUUACGCUGCAUGGAGUCUGCGACCGUCUGUCUUUGAACUUGCAGCAGAAAUUCAGAAAAGGGAAGUCAACCAGUACAACUUGACGAUAACGCCGAUGGAUGCUAUUGUCCGCGAACUGGUGGUAUCCAAUCAAAGCAGUUUACUGCGUGAUGGUGCGACUUUAGCCCAGUAUUUUUUUAACAAGACAUUCGACACAGCUGCAGGAAGUAUUUAUAUUGAUUCCUACGGUCAGCGCCUGAUGGAUGCAGCGGUGAUGAGAUACGAUGGAGAAAACGUCGUUCCUAGGCCAAUUUUCUAUCAAGACGCUCAGACGCUCAACAUGCAACACAUUGCCAACUGGACAUGGAACGGGCUGCUGAAUUAUUUUCCGCCUGACAAACCGUUAUGCGGUUUUUCUGGGGACCAAUGUUUGGGAUAUUCCGUUCUUAUUGGAUGGCACAUAUUUGCGACAACUGGUGGACCCUAA